CAUCUUUACGUCGAAGUUUAUGAUAAAAAUUGGUGGUUGCGCGUUAGCAUUCAUGAUAGCGUCUCGCAAAAUUCCCUCCCAAUCAGCACAAAUAUCAUUUAUUUGAUAUACUUUACUAAUUCAGAACAUUUAUUGUGCAGCAAUAUUAAACGUGAACACAAAGAGUUUAUAUUGCAGGGUUUGUUGAAAACUUUUGCUUGUCGGCAGAUUGAAGAAUGUGAUUUGAAAGGAAAAUAUGUGAAUUCUUUGGAACAAUUGCUAUUACAUCAAAAAUCUCAAGGUAUAUACAGUCAAUAUCGAUUAAAUCAGGUUGAUGAUAGCCCAUUAGAACAUGCUUCAAAAAGGCUCAAAACAGAUGAUAAUGUGGUAGAUGAAAAUUUUGGGCCCAAUGAACAACCAUCUCUUGAUGUUGUAGAGAUCAAGUUGGCAUCCGCUGCUAAUCAACUUGAAGAACUUGAAGAGGAACCGAUAUCAACAACAGUCAUAUUUGAAGGGUCAAAUGUGAUUGAAGGAAUUAAAAAGAUGGUGACUUCUGG